UUACGAUCAAUGAAAUACCGCCUUGACAUAGUAUAGCUCGAAGAAUUUGUAUGAAAGUGCGUCAACAGAGAACCUAACCUCUCAUCUUAAUGUUUAAAUGUAAAUAAGUAAUGCAAUUGAGUAAUUAUUAUUAUCAAGUUAUAUACAUCGUGUAAUAUUUAUUAACAUUAGCAAUGAUGUUGGAACGCAAAGAUUUGGAAGGAAACUUAUAUGUUUUCAAUGAAGAAGAUUUACCAUACGAGGAAGAAAUUUUGAGAAAUCCUUAUUCUGUUAAACAUUGGCAGCGUUAUAUAGACCAUUUAAAAAGUACAAAAAGUAGUAAUUUAAACAUUGUAUAUGAAAGAGCAUUGAAAGAGCUUCCUGGAAGUUACAAAUUAUGGUACAAUUACCUGCGUCAACGUGUAAGUCAGUUAAAAGGAAGAUGUAUAACAGAUCCUCUUUACGAAGAUGUGAAUAAUGCGUUCGAGAGAGCAUUAGUUUUCAUGCAUAAGAUGCCUAGGAUUUGGAUGGAUUAUUGUACAUUAAUGACAGAUCAAUGUUAUAUUACUCGUACUCGACAAGUAUUUGAUAGAGCACUUAGAGCUCUUCCCAUCACACAACAUCAUCGCAUAUGGCCAUUGUAUAUUGAAUUUCUAAAAAAGCACAAUGUUUAUGAGACUGCAGUAAGGGUUUUUAGGAGAUAUUUAAAGCUAGCUCCAGAAGAUACAGAAGAAUAUAUAGAGUAUCUGAUAUCUAUUGAAAGACUUGAUGAAGCAGCUGUGAAACUUGCACAAAUUGUUAAUCAAGAUGAUUUUGUCUCAAAGCAUGGGAAAUCUAAUCAUCAAUUAUGGAAUGAAUUAUGUGAUUUAAUAUCAAAGAAUCCUUCUAAAAUAAAGUCUCUCAAUGUAGAUGCCAUUAUCAGAGGUGGUCUAAGAAGAUAUACUGAUCAAUUAGGUCCUCUUUGGAACUCAUUAGCUGACUAUUAUGUCCGCAGUGGUUUGUUUGAAAGGGCAAGAGACAUUUAUGAGGAAGCAAUACAAACAGUAACUACUGUCAGAGAUUUCACACAAGUUUUUGAUGCUUAUGCACAAUUUGAAGAACUUAGCCUUAGUAAACGUAUGGAAGAAGCUGCAAAAGAUCCUAAUGAAGAUGAUGAUAUAGAUUUGGAAUUGAGAUUAGCCCGAUUUGAACACUUAAUGGAGAGGCGAUUAUUAUUAUUAAAUUCUGUAUUACUUAGACAAAAUCCACAUAACGUACAAGAAUGGCAUAAACGAGUUAUGCUUUAUGAAGGACAACCACAUGAGAUUAUUAAUACAUACACAGAAGCUGUACAGACUGUACAACCACAAUUAGCAGUAGGAAAAUUGCAUACUUUAUGGGUGGCAUUCGGUAAAUUUUAUGAAGAAAAUGGACAAAUAGGAGAUGCUAGAGUAGUUUUUGAAAAAGCAACUCAUGUUCCUUACACUAAAGUUGACGACCUUGCCUCUGUGUGGUGUGAAUGGGCAGAAAUGGAAAUCAGACAUGGGAAUUACAAAGAGGCGCUAAAACUUAUGCACCGAGCCACCGCCAUGCCAUUCCGUAAAGUGGCGUAUCACGAUGAAACAGAAACUGUACAAAUGAGAUUGUACAAAUCCUUGAAAGUUUGGUCUAUGUACGCCGACCUAGAAGAAAGUUUUGGAACGUUUAAGACAUGCAAAGCAGUCUACGACAAAAUUAUAGAUUUAAAAAUUGCCACACCGCAAAUUAUUAUUAAUUAUGGUCUCUUUUUAGAGGAAAAUAAAUAUUUUGAAGAAGCCUUCAGAGCUUAUGAAAAGGGAAUUGCGCUUUUCAAGUGGCCUAAUGUUUAUGACAUAUGGAAUACAUACCUUACGAAAUUCUUGAAACGCUAUGGCGGUACUAAAUUGGAAAGAACGCGAGAUUUGUUUGAACAGUGCUUAGAACACUGUCCGCUAAAAUAUGCUAAAGUUUUAUAUUUAUUGUAUGCAAAAUUAGAAGAGGAACAUGGCUUAGCUAGGCAUGCAAUGUCUGUCUAUGAGCGGGCAACAAGUGCCGUUCUUCCUGAAGAAAGAUUUGAGAUGUUCAAUAUAUACAUAAAGAAAGCAGCGGACAUUUAUGGUGUACCAAAAACGCGGCAGAUCUACGAGAAAGCUAUUGAAGUUCUUAAUGAAGAAAAUACAAGGGAAAUGUGUCUACGAUUUGCAGAAAUGGAAACGAAAUUAGGGGAGGUCGACAGAGCUAGAGCGAUAUAUGCACAUUGCAGUCAAAUCUGUGACCCAAGAGUAACGUCGAAUUUCUGGCAAAUAUGGAAAGAGUUUGAGGUGAGACACGGCAACGAAGAUACGAUGCGUGAAAUGCUUCGAAUUAAACGUAGCGUUCAAGCUAUGUACAAUACACAAGUGAAUAUGAUGUCUGCUCAAAUGUUGAACAAUGCAACAAACCCGCCCGCCGAUGUACCAGUGGAUGCCAUGCGACUUUUGGAUAGUAAAACACCGAACGCAGAUAAUGGCCCUACAUACAAGGAUAGUAUUAAAUUCGUUCGUGGUGUAACGGAGAAGGAUGGCAAAGCUGAAACUCAAGUGAACAAUCCGGAUGAAAUAGAUAUUGAUAUAGACGACGAUGUCAAUGACAAUGACGCAGACAUAGAGGAAGAUAUACCUAUUGAGAAACAAAUGAUACCAUCGCAAGUAUUCGGUAGUUUAAAAACAGCUAUAGGUGAAGACGAUUAAAAUCAUUUUACAGAUUACAUGACACGGAGAAUAAUGUAAAUAAACGAUUUUAUAAUAAAAUCUAGUGGAUUUAUAAUUGCAUGCGUAUA